CUCGGGUUUCCCUCUUUUCGCUCAGUAUCUCAUUUUCUGCUCAUCGCCUUCUUUUUUCUUGCGAUUUUUAGGUUUCCGGUUUUUGUUAAGAAAUUUCUUGAUUGCACAAGUGAAAUUCCACGACUGUGAAGGAUUAUAAGUCUGUUGCCUAAUCAAGCAAUCAUUGAUCCAACAGGAUAAACUAUUCGGUGAUGAUUUGAACCUCUACUAGAAUUUAAUCCAUAUUUCGCGUCAUAAUGAACAAUUCUCAUUGUCAAGAUCAGGAAACACCUGUGGUGGCUGGAUUUGAAGUCCCAACAUCACCGGAUGCAAGUUACAACAAUAUCUACACUGCAACAGAAGAUGAUGGGCGGGACCCACCCAUAGUCCCACAGCACCUACAACACACGGUCCUAAGCCAUAGCUACCCGAAAAACGGGGACCCGGCUGCCCGACUGCCCGACCCUCAACACGUGGUGCUGAAUCAUCUUUACAUUGAGAACAGAGAGGCACCUCGGUCAGUUGUGGCGCUUGGGUUCUCGCAUCGUUUUCGGUCAAAAUACGUGAAUGUUGUACUUUAUAAACCGGUUCAAAGAAGGGGAAGUAGCAUCUCUUGAUUGUUGGUGGUUUUGGAAGUGGAUUUUGGAAUUGUUAAAAACGUAUGUUCAUAUUAUUAUAUAUUUUUGGAGGUUUUUAAAUACUUGUCACUCGUGUUUGUACUUUUGUAAACUGAAGAUUGCUUUGAUUUUAAGUUUUAUGUUUGUAGUAAUAGUAAGUUGUAUGUCGUGACAUAGAUUUUUGGUUGUUGAAUUUGAUCAAGUAGCCUUUCAUAGGUAGAAGAUGGAUGAUGAUAUCAUGAUAUGAUGUGGCAACAUAGUUACAUCUUCCAAUUUCACGCUUAAGCCAUGAACAUGUAUGAAUACCUUGUUGAUCAUUCUGAAUUUCAUCAACUUCUUUUCUA